ACUCCCACGGGGCUCCACCUUUUCUCCUCUCCCCAUCUCCUUCCACUCUCUCCGCCAUCUCGCUCCUCUCAAUCCCCAGUUCCCCACACAUCCAUCCCAUUUCCGCCGCCGCCUCCGUUGAACCUUCGUCGCUUGCUGCCGCGCCGCGCCCCUACAAAGCCAGCCAGCCGCUAAAACCUCCUCGUCUUCAUCCACUUCCGCCCGCGCACCCGAUCUUCCCCAAGUCCGCCGCCGCCAUGGGCUCCUCCUGCGACCCCUCCCCGUCGCCGGGCGCCGACGACCUCUUCCUCUCCCUCUCCGACCUCGGCCCCACGUCACCCUCCGCGUACCUCGACCUCCCGCCCACCCCGCAGCCCCAGCAGGGGAUCAAAGGCCCGACGCAGGACUUGCUUCUCCCCUACAUCUCCAGCAUGCUCAUGGAGGACGAUAUCGACGACACCUUCUUCUACGACUACCCGGACAACCCCGCGCUCCUCCAGGCGCAGCAGUCUUUCCUCGACGUCCUCUCCGACGACGCCACUGUCCCGACCACCACCACCACCCACAGCAGCGCCAGCGUCAACCACCACCACUCCUCCUCCUCCUCCGACGCAUCAGCCAGCGGGCCGCUCACCCCCGCCGCUGUCGACUCCUACGCACCGGCCCCCGCCGCCCAGUUCGACAGCUUCGACUUCGACCCCGCGGCCUUCUUUAGCAACGGGGCCAACUCCGACCUCAUGACCUCCGCCUUCCUCAAGGGCAUGGAGGAAGCCAACAAGUUCCUGCCCACCCAGGACAAACUCGUCAUCGACCUCGACCCGCCAGACGACCCCAAGAGGUUCGUCCUCCCCACCCCCGCCGCGGACAAGCUCGCGCCCGGAUUGAACGCGGCCGCUCCCACCGUCCAUGUGGCCGUGGCCGUCAAGGAGGAGGAGGCGAUCCUCGCUGCGCCUGAUGCCGCGCCUGGCAGCGGCGGCGCCGUCUUGGGCCGCGGUCGGAGGAACCGCUUCGACGACGAGGAGGACCUGGAACUGCAGCGCCGGAGCAGCAAGCAGAGCGCGCUGGAGGGGGAUGGCGACGAGCGGGACGUCUUCGAGAAAUACAUCAUCGCCUCCCCCGAGAUGUGCACGGAGCAGAUGCAGAAGCUGCGGAUCGCCAUGCAGGAGGCGGCCGCCAAGAGGGAGGCGGCGGCAGGCGAGAACGGCAAGGCCAAGGGCCGCCGCGGCGGGAGGGAGGUGGUGGACCUUCGCACGCUGCUCACCCACUGCGCGCAGGCCGUCGCCUCCGACGAUCGCCGCAGUGCCACCGAGCUGCUCAAGCAGAUCAAGCAGCAUGCCAGCCCACUGGGGGACGCCACGCAGCGCCUCGCCCACUGCUUUGCCGAGGGCCUCCAGGCCCGCCUCGCCGGCACAGGCAGCAUGGUGUACCAGUCGCUCAUGGCCAAGCGCACGUCUGCCACCGACAUACUCCAGGCGUACCAGCUGUACAUGGCCGCCAUCUGCUUCAAGAAAGUCGUCUGCCUAUUCUCAAAUCACACCAUCUACAAUGCUGGACUGGGCAAGAAGAAGAUACAUAUCGUUGAUUACGGGAUACAGUACGGCUUCCAGUGGCCGUGCUUCCUGCGAUGGAUAGCGGAUAGGGAGGGUGGGCCGCCGGAGGUGAGGAUUACUGGCAUUGACCUGCCCCAGCCUGGGUUUCGCCCUACUCAGCGCAUCGAGGAGACAGGGCGCCGGCUCAGCAAGUAUGCCCAGCAGUUCGGUGUGCCAUUCAAGUACCAGGCAAUUGCAGCUUCCAAGAUGGAGUCCAUCCGUGUGGAGGAUUUGAACCUGGAUCCAGAGGAGGUGCUCAUCGUGAACUGCCUAUACCAGUUCAAGAACUUGAUGGAUGAGAGCGUUGUGAUCGAAAGCCCAAGGGACAUUGUGCUCAACAACAUCAGAAAUAUGCGGCCUCAUACAUUCAUACACGCAAUUGUGAAUGGCUCCUUCAGUGCGCCUUUCUUCGUGACAAGGUUCCGGGAGGCUCUGUUCUUCUACUCGGCCUUGUUUGAUGCGCUGGACGCGACCACCCCAAGAGACAGCAACCAGAGGAUGCUGAUCGAGGAGAACCUCUUCGGGAGGGCUGCCCUGAAUGUCAUUGCGUGUGAGGGCACAGACCGAGUGGAGCGCCCUGAGACGUACAAACAAUGGCAGGUGCGGAACCAACGAGCAGGCUUGAAGCAGCAGCCAUUGAACCCUGAUGUCGUGCAGGUAGUGCGGAACAAGGUCAAGGAUUGCUACCACAAGGACUUUGUGAUCGACGUCGAUCACCGCUGGCUCUUGCAGGGAUGGAAAGGCCGCAUCCUCUAUGCCGUCUCAACAUGGGUGGCAAAUGAUGCCCCCUCUUACAUCUAGCUGUUCUGUUGACUCACUUGUCUACAAAUUUUAGGUUUAGGUAUGUCAUCUGGAUAUAUCUAGUGACAAGUGUGUUCAGUGGGUUACAUGGACUCACUUGUGAUUGAUGGUAAUGCGAACUAGAUGCUUAUCACUCAACCAUGUUGUUGCAUAGUGCUAAACAUGAUUAGAUCUAGGUCCUGGGUCUGGGCAAUGUCCUCUGCAGCAUCUGCCGUGUUUGAUCAAUCCAGUCAGUUGAUCAGGUUGUAAUUGACACUUGGUCCUCUCUGUUUCCGGUGUGAUUACUGCGCUGUUUCAGACUUCAGAAUCGUUAUCAUGAACUGAUGGAUUUUGUCUGUCUACUCUUAUCGCACAUGAGAGCAUUUUUCCAGAAUACAAUGUACAAGGCAUGUGUUUUAUC